ACCGUAACAACAGAGCCGUUCACUGUUGACGUCAAGAGAUGAGCGACAGAAGAGCCUGGGCUGAUCUUCCAUUGGAGAUCAUAAGCCCUAUUCGCGAGAGAUUGUUAUGGGAAGAUUAUUUCAACUUCAGAUUCACAUGCCGGAACUGGAAUUUUGCAGCCGAGUUCGACGGGACAGUCUACGAAAAUGCCAAGUAUCCUUUCUUGUUGCGCUUCUCCAAGAGCAAUGAGAAGAAGAACUCUUCAUCUUCAUCGGCUUCUCCUUCUUCUGGUAUUUAUUGUCGAGCCUAUUCCCCUGCUUACAACAAAACCUACUAUCUCCACGCACCGGCUGAAUUAUCCGGUGCUCGUAUUUCCUGCUCCGGCUACGGAUGGCUGCUUUUCUCCGGCCAACAUCGCAUUUUCUUCUACUUCCCCUCCACGGGACAAGCCAUCAACUUACCUUAUUAUACACAACUUGGCCGAGGUAGCUUCAAUCAGAUGAGCUUUUCGGCUCCACCGACAUCUCCUGAUUGUGUGGUCCUUGGCCUCAUCGAUACAGAAUGCACCACGGGAGCAGAGAUAGUUUUCCUUCGACGAGGACAAACCGAUUGGCAACUCGUUAGAGCUAAGAACACGAUCAGGCUGCGCAACCAUCGUACCAAGAAGUUGAUCACGAGCAAGAAGAAAAAGACGAUUAGAGUCAAAUCCAAUGCUGUCUGCUUGCAGAAAUUUCCCGGUGCAGUGAAGGUAGAAUUUCCCCGGCCACGUUACAACUGUUCCCCUCUGUUUCACAAGGGAGCUUUCUACUGCUUGGAUCGCGAUGGGAGGCUAGGGGUUAUCAACCCCAAGGGGAAGAAGAAGAAGAAAGAUGAGACAUGGAGGAUACUUGACACAUCUGCGCCCCGCCAUUUCAUGGACGACCCACGCAACGAGGCUUAUUUGGUGGAGUGCAAGGGAGAGUUGAUCGCUGUCGUGGUCGGACCGAUGGGGAAAAUGGUGAGAAUUCUCAGAUUCUACAAGCGUGCACGAGUAUGGCAGAUGGUCCAUAGCCUCGGGAAUCAAAUGGUUUUCUUGAGCCAUGUAGGCUCUGUGGCCGUUGAGUGUAGAGAUGGACAAGCUAGAGAAUGGGAGAACACUAUUCACUUCCCGAGAUUUCGUGGCAAUCGCCACGUUUUCUACUCGAUCUCGUCGGGGCAGUUCCACUCGUUCGACGACGACGGGGAACAUACUUGGGAUGACUUGUACGAGACAAGCCAUCCAUUGAGUCAUGCUUGGCUGACCCCUGUUUUCUGUAUCCCGCUUGGAGCGCGGUUGGAUUGGUCCAAGAAGGGACGAACCAAAAAACACCACCACCACCACACAAGUAGAAGAAUGCAUCCACAUUAUGUCAUCAGGAAUUUGAGUUUCUUAUUGCCGCCGAGUGAGCAUCCGUAUCAGCAGAAUAAGCAACCGGAAGCACCGAUUGCGCAACCAUGUCUUGUUUUGAGUAAUGAAUACGAUGAUGAAGAAGUGGCAGUGGUGAAUUUAGCCCAGGAGGAGGGGAAGAUGGUAGUCCGCAAUUCAAGAAGCAGCAUGAUGGCGGAAGCAGAAUUAGCUCUGCGAAUCGGUGGGAGGAAGGUGUACUCCAAUCCCGAACAUGGGUUGCUGGUGUUAAUGGAUGAUGAGGCUCAUACAUGCUCUGUAUUGGAUUUGAAAUCCAUGGUUGAAACCCAACUGCCACCACUGGAGACGUCUGGUAACUGCAGGGACGUUGUGGUUCAUGUACCUUCUGGCGACUCCAAAUUAGCUGUGAUCGCUUUCGGUGAAGAAGACGAGGGCGUUGAACAUAGAGAUGUGGCAAUGGCUUGGAGAGAUGGCGAUGAGGAGUGGACAAGGCACGCAAAGCAGGGCACAGAUCCCCACAAUGGAACUGUAUUUCAUCAAGGUAAGAUGUAUGGGUACCGGGGCUGGUGGGCAUUCGUCACGAUCGAAUUACGACGAGACGGGGAGUACUUGGUUGAGGAACGGACUGAGGUCGAGGACCCGGAAUUCAGGAGUACGCCGGGGUUCGAAAGGUUUACUGCUGUGCUGGUGGGAUCGUGCGGCGAGCUCCUGCUGUUCGUCAAGUACUAUGCUAGUAACUGUCACUAUACGCAGGUGGAGAGUGUUGUUCUAGGUAUAAGCGUGUUUAAGAUGGAUUUCGACGAUAUGGAAUGGAGGAUGUUGGAGGACUUGGGCGAUCGUGCGUUUUUCUGGGGCGGCUGGGGAUGUUACUCGUGUUGUGCAAGCAAAUCCGGGUUUGAAAGAAAUGCGAUUUACUUUGUUGAGGAAUACGGGAGGGACGUACAAAUGUAUGAUUAUGUUGAUCAUUCCAUUGUAGUAACGUUGCCUCGGCCUGACUUGGAUGAUAGUUGGAUGAUAGAUGGGUUUUUUAUGUUGUACGAGUAGAGCAUGGGUUUGAAAGAAACUGCAAUUUCCAAGCAGAUUUCGAUUGGAGCAUGGCCAGUGCCAUGAGAAAACCUAUUUGGAUUUUGGACGAAAGACUGGGAAGCAAAGAGCCAUCUGAAGAGGCUUGUUGGCUGGGAUUGCUCGCUGAUUUUUCAGGCUUCUUCAAGCCGACUUAGAAUCAGAUAAAGACAUACCCAGUCAGCCAGCAGCAAGGUUAUCUGCAAGAAUGUAGAGCAGCUAUUAAGGUAACCAUUUCAGUUGUUUAUUAUACAGAAAGUUGAAUCCCACUCGUGUAUCCAACAAUACCAGAGUACUCGAAUAGAAACCAACUGUGGUGAAGUAGCAAGACAACAUGUGGAAAUAAACAAAAGAGUGUCCA